GGAGGAAAUGGCGCCCGUCAGGUGCAGAAGGGUUUACAGUGGCCAGCCAGUCAAGUACCCUCGAAGCUGACACGUAGGCUAACAGACCUCCUCCGACCAUAGCCGGCUCAGCGAGCACAGAAAUAUGUUUUUAGGUAAAGAGAAGCGCAGAUUGAGUCGGAUGGUGAAAACGUAACAGGAACCCCAGACUGACAUUUGGGAAUAUUGCUGUGACUGUAAACCCCUCGCACAGGAAUGGCCAAAGAGCUGAAACAAAGCAGGGCAGAAACAUUUGUACUGCAUGGAUCAAAUGGACACAAUGGCCAGCAGUGGCAGACUGGUAUGAAUAACUUAACCAGCCACUCUCAGGGCCAAAACCGCACGUCGAGGAUGGCCCGGGUGGCUUCAGAUGUGAGGCACAAGUGUGCUGCCUAUGUGCUCGCGCUGAGGCCUUGGAGCUUCAGUGCCUCGCUCACUCCGGUGGCCCUCGGCAGCGCUUUGGCGUACAAACUGGAGGGCUCUGUGGACUUGGUAAUCCUCAUGGUGUGCGCGGUGGCUGUCCUGGUAGUUCACGGGGCGGGGAACCUUGUGAACACCUACUAUGACUUCUCCAAAGGAAUCGACCACAAGAAGAGUGACGAUAGGACUCUUGUGGAUGAAAUCUUGGCACCACAGGAUGUUGUCAUGUUUGGAGCUUUGUUAUACUCUUUGGGGUGCUUGUGUGCCACUCUGCUCUACUUCCUGUCUACACUGAGACUGGAGCACCUAGCCCUUAUUUACUUUGGUGGACUCUCCAGCUCUUUUUUAUACACAGGAGGCAUUGGCCUCAAGUAUGUUGCUCUGGGAGAUGUGGUCAUCCUCAUUACCUUCGGCCCGCUGGCAGUCAUGUUUGCUCAUGCUGUGCAGGUCGGCUACCUGUCUGUGCUGCCACUGGUGUACGCCGUUCCCCUGGCCCUCAACACAGAAGCCAUCCUCCACAGCAACAACACCAGAGACAUGGACUCUGACAAGCAGGCGGGCAUCGUCACCCUGGCCAUCCUCAUAGGCCCCACGCUAUCUUACAUCCUCUACAACCUCUUGCUCUUCGUCCCCUACGUGCUCUUCUGCAUCCUUGCCACCCGUUACACCAUCAGCAUGGCGCUGCCUCUGCUCACGCUGCCCAUGGCCUUCCCGCUGGAGAAGCAGUUUCGCAGCCGGUGCUACGCCAAGAUCCCUCAGAAAACGGCCAAGCUCAACUUGCUAAUGGGACUUUUCUACGUGUUUGGGAUCAUUCUGGCACCUCCAGGCAGCUUGCCGCUCCUGUGAUGAAUUAGCAUUGAAAUUUCAACAAUUUAUUGUUUUAAUACAGACUAGUUUAUGUACCUCUUUGUAUUUGUACAAAGCUAUCUGAGGGCUUUCAUUGGCUUUAAUUUAUUGUCUAAUUUAUAUGUUGAAGAGAUUUAGUUUAGGUCCUCCUCUGACACUGAAGGCAGAAUCAGUUGGAUUUUUUCGGUAUUAAGCUCGCUGUAACAUGUCGCUAAAAUUAAGAAAUGUUGGCAUCAUAAUGUAGAGGUAGGCAACAUUUUCAUCAUUUAAGGCCAGAAAAUAAACCUACUGAUGCCAUAAUUGUUGAUCAAGACAUAAGUCCUAACAUUGACAGCCACAAACAUCAAAAAAGCAUCAUCACCAAACUCUCAACAUUGUACUCUUUAUGGUACACAAUGAUAAAUUUGUUUGUUUUAUAUGUUUUAUUUUGGAGAGCCAAAUAGUAUUUUAUUGGAUUGUAAUAAAACUCACAGAUGCUGA